GUUUACUUCCUGAUGCCUUGUCUAUUUAGGCUAGAGCAGGUUAAUCCGAGAGAGAGAGAGAGAGAGAGAGAGAGAGAGAGAGCUUUCUUCACCAGCGCUCUUCAUUCUGAGAGAUGGGAAAUUACCUUUGCUGCUGCGUACAAGUGAAGCAAUCAAGUGUCGCUGUCAAGGAGAGAUUUGGAAGGUUUGAGGAUGUACUAGAGCCAGGAUGCCAUUUUGUACCUUGGUUUCUUGGUCAUCAGAUUGCUGGAAGGCUCACACUUAGGUUGCAACAGCUGGAUGUUCGUUGUGAAACUAAGACAAGGGACAAUGUUUUUGUCAACGUGGUUGCUUCUAUCCAAUUUUGUGCCCUCGCCGGAAGAGCAAGCGAUGCAUUUUACAGACUGACAAAUACGAGGUCUCAGAUACAGGCAUAUGUUUUUGACGUGAUAAGGGCCACCGUUCCAAAACUUGAUUUGGAUGAUGCCUUUGAGCAAAAGAGUGAGAUUGCAAAAGCUGUGGAGGCCGAGCUUGAAAAGGCAAUGUCAGCAUAUGGAUAUGAGAUUGUGCAGACACUCAUUGUUGAUAUAGAACCAGACGAAAAGGUGAAACGAGCAAUGAAUGAGAUCAAUGCUGCUGCAAGGCUUAGAAUGGCAGCAAAUGAAAAGGCCGAGGCUGAGAAAAUUCUGCAAAUCAAGCGAGCAGAAGGAGAGUCUGAAUCAAAGUACUUAGCAGGAUUGGGCAUUGCUCGGCAGCGCCAAGCUAUUGUGGAUGGCCUAAGAGAGAGUGUACUUGUAUUUUCCGAGAAUGUCCCAGGUACAACAGCAAAAGAUAUUAUGGAUAUGGUGUUAGUGACACAGUAUUUUGACACAAUGAAGGAAAUUGGAGCUGCAUCAAAAUCUUCGGCCGUUUUCAUUCCACAUGGGCCUGGAGCCGUAAGAGAUGUGGCGACCCAGAUUAGAGAUGGCCUACUUCAGGCAUCAGUAUCUCAUUCUUAGUUUCCUCUGUUGAAAAUAUACGAGUCUUUCUCAUCCAGGUCUUGCGUUCUCCUUGUUUUCCUUUAUUAGGCGCACUUUCUAAGUUUUUAUAUGUAACCUUCGUUGCUUUACUCUUCUGUAUUUAGCGCCAGUUUCUUUUCUCUUUGCUUGAUUGUGCUAGUG